AUGAUUCGGAGAUUUGUCCAUACUUCUGCGCAAGUUCAGAGAGGUCGAACCGCCUUCUACAACAUCCAUCAGAAGGUGAAUGACCCAGCGAAACAGGAUCCCGAUUAUUUUGAGAAAAAAGCGAGAAGUCUACCGUUGGACGAGAAUUAUAUUGAUGCAUUAUCCAAGCUUUAUUACGAGAAAAUCGGAAGUGAACGGGAUUUGGGAUUGAAAGCUGCUGAUAAUUUGAUUUUGGAGAAAGAGGAGUUUGGUUUGCCGAAAAUUGACAAAACUAAACUACGCUCAAAGUAUGAAGAUUUGGAUGUGAUGCAAAAUGCGCCGGAAUUGGUGAAGAAGAUUUUUAGUGUGGAAAUGGCUACAAGGAAAGAGUUAUCGCAUGAAUGGAAGAAUAGUUUGAUUAAGUCGGUUCGACAACAUUCUUUGGAUUCGAAUAGUUUGGAAAUGAAGAUUGCUUGGUUGACAGCAUUGAUUCGACAUUGGUCACUUUUGGUUAAUGAUAUGGCGAAAACUUCGGAGAAAGUUAGUUGUGAAAACGUUAAAAAAAACCAAAAAAGUGAUUUAGGAACUGUAUUUUUAUUCAUUUUUUCACCAUUUUCUUAACACAUUGAAUAAAUUGAAGCUAAAACGCAUUUUAGUUUCCAGAAAUGCUAUUUUAAGGCCUUCUAAUCAGCCUAAUCGAGAUUUUUAAUGAGAUAUAUGUUUUCUAGUAGUUUUCGACCCGCUGAUCACGAUCCCUCUGUCUAAAACUGCAAAGCUCAACUCCUAACAUGAGUUAUUUUUGUAAGUUGGAAAAUUGGGACUUUGGAGGGUCCAAAGGAGGCUCGAUUACAUAAGGUUCGGACCCUCCAAAAUGCCAAUUUUUCAAAAUUUUCCAACUUUGCCACUUACAAAAAUAACUCAUGUUAGGAGUCGAGUUUUGCAGUUUUAGACAGGGGGACCGUGAUCAGCGGGUCGAAAACUACUAGAAAACAUAUAUCUCAUUAAAAAUCUUGAAACAGUUUCCUUGUUAGGCUGAUUAGAAGGUCUUAAAAUAGCAUUUCUGGACACUAAAAUGCGCUUUAGCUUCACUUUAUUCAAUGUGUUGAGAAAAUGGUGAAAAAAUGAAUAAAAAUACCGUUGGUGAAUCACUUUUUUGGUUUUUUUAACGUUAAAAAACAUUUUUUUUUAAUUUCGUGAAUCACUGCAUCAAUUUUUUCAUUAGAGACAAUGGAAAAUUGAGAGAGCGCAGAGAACACAAUUAAAUUUUCGAGCGAAGCGAGUGUAAACCGCAAGCUUCCGCGUAAGCGGCACUAUCUACCGCUUCAGCGGCCACGUGGAUAACUAUACUAAAAAAAACUGUAAACCAAGUUUUUGCCACUUCAUAGUUAUCCACGUGGCCGCUUACGCGGUAGAUAGUGCAGCGUACGCGGAAGCUUCCGGUUUACACUCGCUCCGCUCGAAAGUUAGGAGUCCUAACCGCAAGCUUCCGCGUAAGCGGCACUAUCUACCGCUUUAGCGGCCACGUGGAUAACUAUAACUUGGUUUACAGUUUUUUUUAAAAAGUUUUUGCCACGUCAUAGUUAUCCACGUGGCCGCUGAAGCGGAAGCUUGCGGUUUACACUCGCUCCGCUCGAAGGUUAGGAGUCCUAACCGCAAGCUUCCGCGUAAGCGGCACUAUCUACCGCUUCAGCGGCCACGUGGGUUUACACUCAUAUUUUUCAGAAACCAACCUGGCUAACUCAUCGAAUCUGGCUCGUAAUCAACGAACGUCGAAAGUGUCUUCGAAUCCUUCGCGAGCAAAACGAAGCGGCCUUCGAGACCACCAUCAAAUCCCUCAAAAUCUCCUACCAUGUUCCGAAAAAGAUGACUCAUGUUAAGACGCGCAAAGCAUGGGCUGAAGCUCAAUUGAAAUUGCGAGUUGAGAAGGAGAAAGAGGCGCGAUUGGAGGAGUUGCACGAGAAAUAUGACAAGGAAUUGGAGGAGCAUCGAAGAGACACUGAAUUGAAGCGAGCCGAGUUGAGAAGCGAAUUGGAAAAUGUGGGUUUCCGGGGGUUUUUUGGGAAGAAAAUCAUCCAUUUUUUUCACUUCAAUAUCAAUUUUUGAAAAAAAAAGUUAGCCCGCAUGCGGACUCGAACCCCCGACCUUCUCCACAAAAACCGCGCGCCUACCCGGCUGCGCUAAGCCACUGUUUUUGGAACGCGGGUGAUUUUCAUAGAAAAGCUAGCUGUUUUUUUUUGAUUGCGCGGAACAUUGAAAAUUGAAAGUUUCCACGUGGAUUCUUGGCCAGAUUUCGAAAUUAGGAGUAAUUUAGUAAAAGUCCCAAGUUUUGAUCUGAAAAAGAAAAUAGAUAAGAUUUAAUUUUUUUGGGAAGAAAUUAAUUCAUUUUUCGUUCAGGUCACGGAAAAAAUGUCAAAAAUCGCUGUCAUCGAAGGCAAAUCGUUCAAAAUUGAUGGAAAAUACGAGCCGGCUCUCAUCUCAUCGCUCACCGAAAAUGUCAUUCACUCGAAUUUGUUCUAUCACCCACCACCAAAUAUGGUGCAACAAUAA